GCAGCUUUCACUUCCGCAAUCCGCAGGAGAAAUGGAGCAGGACAGCUAAAGAAACCCAGACUGGAAUCUUACUCUUUUACAUCGGGUUUUAUCAAGAUUUCUUUUCCACUGGAUUCUCUGCCCCUUUGACUUCCGAGGAAGGGCUUUCCAUUAGAAGUACAGCGAUGGUGCAGAAAUAUCAGUCCCCUGUGAGGGUUUACAAGUUCCCUUUUGAGCUCGUAAUGGCGGCCUAUGACAAAAGAUUCCCAAACUGUCCGCUGAUACCCAUGUUUGUGAACAGUGAAAUCAUCAGUGAGUGCCAUAGUGAAGAUGGGGCGACACAAGUGACUGAGCGCAGGUGUACCGUGGACGUCGAGGCUCCUCGGCUUCUAAAGAGGAUAGCAGGAGUGGACUACUUGUAUUUCCUCCAGAAGAACUCUUUGGACCGAAGAGAGCGAACUCUGCACAUAGAGGCGUAUAACGAGUCCUUCUCCAGCAGAGUCAACGUCUACGAGCACUGCGUCUACACGGUUCACCCUGAGAAUGAAGACUGGACCUGUUUUGAGCAGUCCGCCAGCAUGGACAUCAAAUCCUUCUUCGGCUUUGAGAGCACCGCAGAGAAGAUCGCAAUGAAGCAAUACGCCGCCAGUAUUAAAAAGGGAAAAGAGAUUAUUGAGUUUCACCUCAAACAACUGCAGGAGGAAGGCAUUAACCACGUGCCCCGCUGGGUCCCUCCUCCCGCCGCCAUCACGCCUGUCAGCUUAGCCAGAGCUGUCCCAGCAUGCAACAGUCGAGCUCAUCCCAGCUCCACAGACGUCCUGCCAGGCUCUCCGGAUGACAAGUUGGAUGCAGACUACAUCUCCCGCUAUCUGGGACAGCUGACUCCUUUCCAGGAGAGCUGCCUCAUUCGCCUACGACAGUGGCUGCAGGAAACACACAAGGGAAAGAUCCCUAAAGACGAGCACGUGCUGCGUUUCCUGCGCUCACGGGACUUUAAUCUGGAAAAGGCCAAAGAGGCUUUGUGCCAGACGCUCACGUGGAGGAAGCAGCAUCAGAUCGACUUCCUGUUAGACACGUGGCAGUGUCCGCAGCUCCUGCAGGACUAUUACACCGGAGGCUGGCAUCACCAUGACAAAGAUGGACGUCCUCUCUAUAUCCUUCGACUUGGACAAAUGGACACCAAAGGUUUAGUGCGGACUCUAGGAGAAGAGACUCUUCUGAGACAUGUGCUGUCUAUCAAUGAGGAAGGUCUCAGACACUGUCAAGAGAAAACCAAAAUAUUUGGAAAACCAAUCAGUUGUUGGACGUGUCUGGUGGAUCUUGAGGGGUUAAAUAUGAGGCAUCUGUGGAGACCGGCCAUCAAAGCCUUGCUGAGGAUGAUAGAAGUUGUAGGAGCCAACUACCCUGAAACACUGGGCCGUCUCCUCAUAAUAAGAGCACCCAGAGUGUUUCCUGUGCUCUGGACUUUGGUGAGUCCAUUCAUCGAUGAAAACACUCGGAAUAAGUUUCUCAUCUACGCUGGGAAUGACUACCAGGGGCCUGGAGGUCUGGUGGACUACAUCAACAGAGACUUCAUCCCGGACUUCUUAGGAGGAGACUCUCUGUGUGAUGUUCCUGAGGGAGGUCUGGUUCCCAAGUCUCUGUACCGUACGGCCGAGGAUUUGGAGAACGAGGAGGUUAAACUGUGGAAUGAAUCUAUCUACAAGAGCGCGAGUGUGUUGAAGGGAUAUCCACAUGAGGUGCUGAUAGAGAUCAAAGACGUGUCGUCCGUCAUCACGUGGGACUUUGACGUGUGUAAAGGCGACAUGAUCUUCAACAUCUACCACUCCAGAAGAGUCCCUCAGCCCGCUAAAAGAGACGGUCUGACCGCGCACAACCUCGCCUGCCCCGGCGCAAACAACGUCCAGCUCAUUGACCGAUCGUGGAUGCUGGGACACGACUACAGCAUGGUGGAGACGGCCCUCACCUGCCGAGAGGGAGAGAGCGUACAGGGCUCUCAUGUGACGCGCUGGCCUGGAUUCUACAUCCUGCAGUGGCGUCUUUACAGCACCCCAACAUGCACUUCAUCCAGUCGUCCGCGUGUCGACGACGUCCUGGCCUCGCUGCAGGUCUCCUCACACAAGUGCAAAGUCAUGUACUUCACAGAGGUUCUGCACUCCACCGACUUCAGGGGCUCCAUGAGCAGCCUGGAGUCGAGUCACAGCGGUUUCUCUCUGCUCAGCGCCGCCACCACCUCCUCCAACCAGUCACACACAGACUCCACCGUUUCAAGAUAGCAUCUUCAUCCGGCUGGAGAGACUUUUGGAUUACUGAUCAUGAACAGUGUUAGAAGAGGUGCACAUUAAACCAACACACGCCUGGAUGAGUGGUGAUCUUUUUCUGAUCAACUAUUGGCUCUCUGUAAAUUAGGUUCCUGUACAUUAUUAGAAAUAAAUGUUUGGAUGUUGUUUACUUCGGUCUGAUUGAGCAACUUUAUGGAUGUGGUGCAUAAAGCUAAACUAUGCAACUUUUUGGUGUUUGGAAUGAAAGAACAAAGUUUAACAAUCAUAUCAAAAACUCAUUUUCCAAACUGUUUUUUUAUUAACCCUGAAUCAUUACGGUAAGUCUUUAAAAUUGAUUUUAUUAUUGAUAUUUUUGAGUUGUCAGGACGGAUUUCAUGGGAAACUGCUUGAAGUAUGUUACCAAUAUAUCCAUGAAUAAUAGAAGGAACAAUAUAUCGUGUUAAAGAAGGCCUGGUUACUGCUAUAUAAAGUAGAAGGUGUCGUAGUAAAUAAAAAAGAAAACAAAUAAAUAUAAAACGAUUAUGUCUCUUCAGAAGAAUUUGAUUAAACCACUGCAUUCAUAGUGAUUUAUUUUACGAACGCUUUCCGAAUGUUUUAAAGUGUCAGAGGUCCCACUUUAUAUUACUUUAUAUCGGGUGUCUGACUAUUAUGAACUAAAAUGUAAUCAUUUAAUACAAUGAACUUAUUGUGUUCACACAUGUUUAUGCAUAAGUACAAAAGUGUUUGUGUUUCUGUUCCCUGGUUACAUUUUUAUCAUCUUCCCCUGUUUGGAUAUGCAUGUUUCCUGUUCAUCUUCCCUGUUUGGAUUUUCUUUUUGUGUUUAUUUAAUAAAUUAUUGCUGCGAAUAGA